UUUAUGUAUAUAUAGGUAUAUAGAUAUAAGUUGAAAAAAAUAUAAAUAGCGAGAGCAAGAGUGCAGCUAGAAUAGAUGGAAUAAGAAAAGCCUAUCAGAAACCAAUGUAUACCAAUGUAUCCGAUUUCUGAUAGGUUGAGAUUUCUUAUUCCUUCUAUAGCUGAAUCUCAAUUUCGAAAAAAAAAAACCGAGGAAGCAGUGACACGUUAAAAAAUUUUGAUAUGAAAAUUACCCAUCGAGGCACGAAUGGUGAAAAGGUUAAAACCGCCAUAUUAAUUCCCGCGGAGUUGUCCAAUCGCGCGAAACAUCGUAUAGGGAAUUGUAACGGCACUUGCCACGCGCGCGAGAGGGAUUUUUAUCGCGAUCGCAGUGUUAUGUAUGUACACAUGCAGGGAAAGGGAAUUGGGCGAGAAACACGCGAACUCUUAUUUUUCCGCUUCGGGGACGACGCUCCAGGAUUUGUCCGCACACUCUGCACCAGACGGGCGAGCGAUUGCGGAAUCCUGGUGCGAUGUGGCCCGCAUCACGUCUUGUUUCACGCUAAUCUAAGGUUUCGUCAUCACCUCCUGUCGACCGGUAGAUUCACACGAGACCGUCUGUGCAUGUCCAUUGGCGUAUAAUCCUGCAAAUCCUAGUGGACGUACACGUCGAGAGUCUGUGAUGGCGGCGUUGUUAAAGGAUAGGACACAAUUCACAUUUGAGGAUAAAUGGCCAUACAUGCGUCCAAUCAUACUAAAACUGCUCAAGCAAGAGACAGUGACUCAACUCGAAUGGCAGGAUUUGUUUUACUCCGUUCAUGUAUGCCUGUGGGAUGACAAAGGGCCACCUAAGUUACGUGAUGCUUUGCAGGAGGAUAUAAUGAAUUUUAUAAAACAAGCUCAACUGAGAGUUUUAGCACAUCAAGAGGAACAAGCAUUAUUGAAAGCAUACAUCGCUGAAUGGAGAAAGUUUUUUACCCAAUGUAAUUAUUUACCAACACCGUUUAGGCAACUAGAAACGUAUCUUGCUGGAAAAACUAGUUCUAGCACACAGAAGAAGAAUCAGCCUGAUGACAUUGUUAGAAAGCUAAUGUUGGACAGUUGGAACCAAAGUAUAUUCAAUGAAAUAAAACAAAAACUUCAAGACGCAGCCAUGAGAUUGGUACGAGCUGAAAGAAACGGCGAGGCAUUUGAUUCUCAACUUGUUAUAGGUGUCAGAGAAUCUUAUGUGAAUUUGUGUUCAAAUCCAACGGAUAAACUUCAAAUAUAUAGAGAAAAUUUUGAAGCGGCGUAUAUACAAGCCACUGAAGCAUUUUACUGGAUAAAAGCUCCAGAAUAUCUAUCUAUGCACGGUGUCGAAAAUUAUAUGCGUUACGCCGAUUUGAAGUUGAGAGAAGAGGAGGCACGUGCUCAAAAGUAUUUGGAACCGAAUACCGCGAGUAUGCAACGACUAACGGAUUGUUGCGUGAAAGUGUUAGUUGCAACUUUUAAGCCAGCGAUACUCGCUGAAUGUCCACGGAUGAUUCAACAUGAUCAAACUGACAAACUUCGCCUCAUGCUGAAAUUAAUGGACAGAGUGCCUGAAGGCGUCAAUCCUAUGUUGAGAAAUUUGGAAGAACAUAUCGCGAGUGCAGGUUUAGCGGAUAUGAUGGCAGCUGUAGAUGUUAUCACUCAAGAUUCUGAGAAAUACGUGGAAAGACUGUUAGAUCUUUUCCAUAGAUUUUCCACACUUGUUAAAGAGGCAUUCGAUGAUGAUCCACGGUUUCUUACAGCACGAGAUAAAGCUUAUAAGCUAGUUGUGAAUGAUGCCACGGUAUUUAAGUUAGAUUUGUCUACUCGGCAGGGCUCUGGAAUCUGUUGCGCGUCCAUUUUAAAUAAUAGACCUAUUACUAAUAAUAAUGGACUAGCUGAAUCGAAGUGUCCAGAACUCUUAGCAAAUUUCUGUGAUAUGCUUCUUAGAAAAACACCACUCAGUAAAAAACUAACUACUGAUGAAAUCGAAAAUAAACUGAAGGAUGUGUUGUUGGUGUUAAAAUAUGUUCAAAAUAAGGACGUAUUUAUGCGUUAUCAUAAGGCGCACUUAACUAGACGAUUAAUAUUAGAUACGACAACGGAUUCGGAAAAAGAAGAAAAUAUGGUAGAUAUGCUUCGUGAAGUUGGCAUGCCUGCGGAUUUUGUUAAUAAAUUAGCCCGUAUGUUCCAAGAUAUUAAAGUAUCUCAGGAUCUGAAUCAACAAUUUAAGGAACAAUGUCGAGCUGCUAUUGCAGAUAGCAUAAAUAUUAAGAUUCUUAAUGCAGGUGCAUGGGCCAGGGGUAGCGAACGCGUCACCGUAAGUUUGCCACUACAACUGGAAGACUAUAUUCCGGAAGUUGAAGAGUUUUAUAAAAAAAAGCAUAGUGGAAGGAAAUUGCAAUGGCAUCAUCACAUGUCGAACGGCACGAUAACAUUUGCAAAUAAAGUGGGACGAUUUGAUAUAGAUGUAACAACCUUUCAAAUGGCAGUAUUGUUUGCCUGGAAUCAACGACCCAACGAAAAGAUCUCUUACGAGAACCUCCGGUUGGCUACCGAGCUUCCGGAUCCCGAGCUGAGACGGACUCUGUGGUCUUUGUGUGCCUUCCCGAAGUUAAAACGGCAACUUCUUUUGGUGGAACCGCAUGCUGCUACUCCGAAAGAUUUUGCGAACGAUACGAGAUUUUGGGUUAAUCAAGAAUUUGCUAUUGUUAAAAAUGGCAAGAUGCAAAAGCGAGGAAAAAUCAAUUUAAUAGGACGUCUUCAAUUAUCAACAGAACGUAGCAGAGAAGAGGAUAAUCAUUGCAUUGUACAACUCAGAAUAUUACGGGUUCAGGAAGCUAUCAUCACGAUCCUAAAGAUGCGCAAGAUGAUCACUAAUGCGCAAUUACAGACCCAACUAGUGGAUAUAUUGAAAAAUAUGUUCUUGCCGAGUAAAAAGAUGAUAAAGGAACAGAUCGAAUGGCUCAUUGAACAAAAAUAUAUUAAGAGACACGAGGAUGACAUUAAUACAUUUGUGUAUAUGGCAUAACACGGGAUUAUAUAUACUUGCGAGAUUGUUCAAACUGUAUGGCUAAUAUUAUAUUUUUAUAAAAAAAAUGGAUUUAGUUUUCUCAUGUGUGAGGAUACAUUUGAGUCCGUCGCAUUGCGCGAUUAUGUUUCAUCUGUUUUCUUACAGUGCAGUGGAAAGAAAGAAAGGACGAUAUACUAUUGCAUUAAAACUUGAGAUACGAAGUCGAUAGGACAAGUUGCAAUUACCUCCACCCAACAAUUGCCGAUUUAUUAUACGUGUGAAUAAAGUGAAAUGUAUAGAAAACUGGAAAAA